GUCUUCCAGCUGCUCAUGCUCCUGGGCACAGCUGAUGGUCAACCGAAGCUGACCUCCGAGCAGAAUGCCAUCAGCCUCUCCCCUGGCAAGUAUCGCCACCUCGACCGUGCAACCAACAAAGAGCUGAUCUGCGACAAAUGUCCCGCAGGAACCUAUGUGUCUAAACAUUGUACGAAGAGUACCUUAAGAGAGUGCAGCCCUUGUCCAGAUGGGACCUUUACUAAGCACGAGAAUGGCAUAGAGCGGUGCCACCCUUGUAGAAAACCCUGUGAACUGCCAAUGAUCGAGAAAACCCAUUGUACUGCCUUGACUGACCGCGAGUGCACUUGCCUGUCAGGUACAUUUCAGAUGAACGAUACCUGCAUCCCUUACACGGUGUGCCCGGUCGGCUGGGGUGUCCGCAAGAAAGGAACCGAGACGGAAGACGUAAGGUGCAAGCCGUGCCCUCGCGGUACCUUUUCUGAUGUGCCUUCUAGUGUGAUGAAGUGCAAAACAUACACUAACUGCUUUGGAAAAAACAUGAUGGUCAUCAAGCCAGGGACGAAGGAGAGUGACAAUGUCUGUGGUUCUCUAGCGUCUCUUCCAAACACGUCUUUGAUUUCGUCAAGCACUGAAGCAGGUGAAGAGCCCUAUGAAGUUCCACCAACCGCUCAACUUCCCAAAGGUCUGAACUCUUCAGUUCCCGAUUUUGUUCCCUCUCCAGCACCACGCGCAUCCAGCAGCAUGGCGGAGCUGGCAGGCUACUACAAUGAAACCUCGGCCAACGAGACGGACAGUGCUGGUGGGACCCUCAUGGGCUCUGGUGCCACCAGCCAGGCACAGAGCUACCGGGACAAGCAGACCAGCCAAGCGCUGGAGAAGCGGCCAUCGCUGGAGAUGGUGGGGGGUGAGAAGUCCAGCGUCCCAUACAGGCCCCCCCGGCGAGGUCCGCAGAACGUCCACCAGCACUUUGACAUCAACGAACACUUGCCAUGGAUGAUCGUCCUCUUCCUGCUGCUGGUCCUGGUGGUUAUCGUGGUCUGCAGUGUCAGAAAGAGCUCACGGACUCUGAAGAAGGGACCCAGGCAAGAUCCCAGUGCCAUUGUGGAAAAAGCUAUUAUGAAAAAGUCCACCACCCCUACGCAGAACAGGGAGAAGUGGAUCUAUUACUGCAACGGGCACGGCAUCGACAUCCUGAAGCUGGUGGCAGCCCAGGUGGGAAGCCAGUGGAAGGACAUCUACCAGUUCCUGUGCAACGCCAGCGAGCGUGAGGUGGCGGCUUUCUCCAACGGCUAUGCUGCCGACCACGAGCGCGCCUACGCCGCCUUGCAGCACUGGACCAUCCGCGGGCCUGAGGCCAGCCUGGCCCAGCUCAUCAGUGCCCUCCGCCAGCACCGCCGUAACGAUGUGGUGGAGAAGAUCCGAGGCCUGAUGGAGGACACCACGCCGCUGGAAGCUGACAGACUGGCGCUGCCGGUGAGCCCCAGCCCGCUCAGCCCCGCACCCAGCCCCAGCCCCAAGCCCCCCGAGGCGGCUGUCCUCACCGUGGAGCCCUCUCCUUCAGAGAAGAAAUGCUUCUUUGUCGACGAAGCAGAGCCCCUCCUGCGGUGCGACUCGACCUCCAGCGGCUCCUCUGCGCUCAGCCGGACAGGCUCUUUUAUUACCAAAGAAAAGAAGGAUACCGUCCUGCGCCAGGUGCGCUUGGACCCUUGCGACCUGCAGCCCAUCUUUGACGACAUGCUGCACAUCCUCAACCCCGAGGAGCUCCACGUGAUAGAGGAGAUCCCGCAGGCCGAAGACAAGCUGGACAGGCUAUUUGAGAUCGCCGGAGUCAAGAGCCAGGAAGCCAGCCAGACCCUCCUGGACUCUGUCUAUAGCCAUCUUCCUGACUUACUGUAGGCACUGGGUCACCACGCACUCUCUGAAUAUCUGCUAAAGCUAGCUUGGCACUCGUUAAGACGACCGACAAUAUGCAGGCAGGUUUUGUUGUAGAAUAUAUGGCCAGUAUUUUCGUUGAGGUGUCCUUGGUUUUUGGAGGGGGGGCACUUUGCCAGUGUUGCACCCCUCCACUGUAACUCUAUCGCUCAGUCCAAGUCUUUGCAUCCUCCGCCCCCUUCUUGAGCCUCUCUUCUCCUUGUUCUCAUUCCAAUCACAACAGUCAAUGCACUUUAAAAAAAAAAAAGAAAAAAAAAAGCAGUUAAUGAACUAAAAGACCACAGAUCUGCUGUAAUUUAACACAUCAAAUUGGGGAUUGCUCUGUAACCCACUUCUUCUGUCAAAGCUGUUGCUCGGAGUGACCGUCUCCCACCACCUCCCUUCGCCUUGGAGCGGUAAAUGGCAAAAACAUGCGAAAAAACAAACCCCAAUCGUUGCUGGUUACCAUCUCUUAACGCAGCUAAGCUUCCCACCUGAGCUAACUUUUUUUUUUAAAAAUGUACUAUUGUAUAGCUCAUAUCCAUUGCUGAGAUUUUACUAGCACGGUUAUUUAUUGUAUGGUUUUCACCUGGACAAUGCAUCGCGCUCCUAUAAGCUAAAGCAGAGGUGCUUUAACCACAAAGAAAAGGGUCAGUCCCACCAAUCUUCGAGGCGAUGAAAAAGUCCUUUGCCUUCAGUCGAAUGUAAGGAGUUAUCUUCCCUUGUGGGAAUGGCAGGGCCCCGAAGGGAGCCGGUGCUGGACGUGGGGAGGCGAAGGCGACCGCCGGUGGUCCUGCUCUCCUCGUGGUUGUAAGACUUAAACCAAGCUAUGCUUUUACACUCGUGUCUCUUGUUUUUUAUACAGACGUGGCCGAUUAGGUUCUCUGAAGACCUUACCCGGUCUUAAUAGUCUCUUCAAAUCACACUUCACUUUUUAUUAAAAGAAAAGAGGUUGGGGGGUGGGGAAAAAAAAAAAAAAGCUGCAUCGUAAGAAGUCUGUCUGAUUAUAUUUGCAACUAUUAUGCUCCCGUAAUGAACAGUCUGUACUAUGCUCAAUUUGAAGAAAUAAUGAUAUGAGGGUGGCGUGUGCUGCCCUGUGGGAAGGGGUGGGAGUUGGGGAAGAGGGGAAUGAAUUGAAAAAUUGCCUUCCAGUGUACUAAUUUAUUAAUAAAUACUAGGUGUUUGUUACUUGA